UUUUUUAAAAACUUUUUUAUUAGGUGAUGCAGCAACAGUAAAUAGCACUAGAAUGAAUACACAAGAUCGCUCGUUUAGAGAACUUAUAACUCAUUUAUGGGAACUACCUGUUGAUUCGGUUGCAUCAUUCAAAGUGUUGGAUCAGAAAUUAAGAGAUGACAGCGUGUUGCGAGAAGAGUUGAAAUUCUUUUUAUUUCUCUUUUUUAAAGAGGCAAUAUCCCUCUACUCUUUUUUGUCACAUAUUGCCAGAAAACUGAUGACUAAAGAAGUUGCUGAGCAGUUUACCAGAAUUGAUCCUCCUCCCGGCAAGUUAGCUUUCGAGAUUGAAGUGCCAACAAUUUAUAAAAUGCUUGAAGGUAAGUUCAAAUAUAUUAUCACAAUAUCUGAGGAAGAUGAUAUCAUAAUCCGAGUGUGAAUCAAACAUAAAUGAGACUACUUUAAUAACUAAUUAUUAAAAUAAUACUCACAAAAAGAACAAAAAUGUUAUUUUCUACAUAACAUCCGUGAACUUCUACAUACUUUUUUCCAGCGUUUUGGACAUUUUUUAAAUUUCGGUGGCAUAGAAAAAAAAUAGACAGCCUCCUGACCAAUGGCACUUAAAUUUUUUAUCGCUUCCUUAAACGAAAAUCUUUUGCCUCAAACCUUCUCUAAGGUUUUCAAACAAAUGGUAGCCCAAUGGUGCCAAGUUCGGGCUAUAAGGUGGAUGUUCAACUAUUUUCCAGUGUAAGGCUUGUAACUUCUGUUGUGUCACUGCGACUUUAUGAAGUGUCGCAUUGACCUGCUGCAAGAAAUCGGCAUGACUAUAAGCUGCUUUGACUUUCUUUAAAUGUUUACAACAAUAAUUUGCAUUAAUUGUUAGUCGUUCAUGAAUAAAUUCAACGUAGCAAUAACCAGUGAGCCCUAAAAAACACUUGUGAGUACUUUACCAGCAGAUAACCGAGAUUUUCCUUUAAAUGAUGUAGAAUUAUUUUUCUACUGUAUUCCAUUUUGACACUUAGCUUCAGGGCUAUCACGGGUCAGGGAAAACAGGAAAAAGCCUGGAAUUUUAUUUUAAUUAUAAAAAUCAAGGAAAAGUCAGGGAAAAUUGCAAUUUUUUACAAAAACUUGGAAAAUUCCUCUAUCAUACCUGGAAAAUAACUAAUUUUAGAAUUGUCAGCAACAGUAAUUAGCUGCAGAUUCAAGUUAAAUAUUUCUAACAUCUAUGAUAAUUAUUUGUUACAAAAUUCCUAUUUUAGAGAAACUGUCAUGUUUCUAUCCUCAUUCAAAGGUAUAGUUUUGUUCACAUUAUUUCUUCAGAUAUAUUAUUUCUUCAGAAGCUUGAGAAGGAAAUCUCACAAGUUAUGUUGCAAAUUUUUAAAGGAACAUUGACAGAAGAGUUUUAUCUCCCAAAUAUCUAAUAGCCUGUGCUUUUCUCAAUAUGGAAGAAUUUAUUUCAAAAAGAACAUUUGGUUUAUCAAACUUUGGCACUGAAGUUGAUACAACUAACAUUGAUAAGGAAAGUAUCUUGAAAAUCGAUUUUGAGAUAAGUUUUUGAGGCAUUGUUAGUUGGAAAAACAAUUGGUUCCAUAAGUAAAUGGUAAGUACUGCUGAAGAUCCACUAGAUAUAAGACAAUGUGAGAUGGAUUUUACACAAACUUCGAAACUUCUUUUUCUUAUUUAUUACCCAGUGAGGUAUUCUAAAAAUGGUACUGGAAAAUCAAAAGAAAUUUUGAAGAUACAUUUACAUUGGCC